UGGCGGCUUCUUCUUCCUUCUCAUUCACUCCACUCUCAACUCCAAAACCCUCCUCAGCUCCAUCAAUGGCAACCCUAACCUCCUCCUUCUUCGCCAUCUCCUCCAAAACCCUACCCCGACUCACCUUCUCCACCCCCUCCGCCCUAACCCUCCUCUCCACGCCGCGCCCUCUCUCCCACCUCCGCCGCUCCCCUCCCCGCAACACAAUCCGCUCCCUCUUCACCGGCAUCGUCGAAGAAAUGGGCCACGUCACCCACCUCGGCCCCUCCGCCUCCGGCGGCUUCGACAUCAAAAUCGCCGCCGCCACCGUCCUCGACGGCGUCCGCCUCGGCGACAGCAUCGCCGUCAACGGCACCUGCCUCACCGUCACCGCCUUCGACUCCUCCCACUUCACCGUCGGCCUGGCGCCGGAGACUCUCCGGAAGACCUCCCUGUCGGAGCUUGAGCCGAGCUCGGCGGUGAACCUGGAGCGGGCGGUGCUGCCGACGAGCCGGAUGGGGGGCCAUUUCUUGCAGGGACACGUGGACGGCACGGGGGAGAUAGUGGCGAUGGUGCCGGAGGAGGACUCGCUGUGGAUCAAGGUGAAGACGAAGAAGGAGAUACUGAGGUAUGUGGUGCCCAAAGGGUACAUAGCUGUGGAUGGGACGAGUUUGACGGUGGUGGAUGUGUUUGAUGAGGAGGACUGCUUCAAUUUCAUGCUGGUGGCUUAUACUCAGCAGAAGGUUGUGAUUCCUUUGAAGAAGGUUGGGAUGAAGGUGAAUUUGGAGGUUGAUAUAUUGGGGAAAUACGUCGAGAGGCUUCUCAGUAGUGGGUUUGUUGAGUCCAUCAAGUCGAAUUAAGUAGGUCUGACCUCUGAGUCAGUGAUUCUAGGCAAGGAAAGGAACAAUAGUUUGUGUAUUUCAGGAGGUGAAAGCAUCAGAUGAUCUGUCCCAUUCUUUAUGCUCAUUGAAGAUCACAGGUACACUAGUUGGAAACUUGAUUGUACAUUCACAUCCCAAAAUGCUAUGAGGGGAUAGACAAUGCUUUCAGAUUAUUUUUCAUGAUGUUACCACAGUGCAUCAUUUCCUCUGGGAAUUGUACAUCCCGAGCAUUUAGUCCCUCGGGAAUUUUUCUUUAAUUAUCUUGUGUUGAGGAUGAUCUUCUGUCAAUUAGUUAAGGAUAUGACAGUGAUCUUGUCAAGAUUCUAGUUGUGCCCUUUGGCUGUAAAAUUAUCCUUCUGUGGCUCCAAUCACUUUCUUCUGUAGAAUUCAUGGGAUCAAAGUUGAGUGAUCUUUUUGGCCGAAGAAUGUAAGCUUCACGAGUUGUGAAGUUCACUUCAUCUUGUGUUCAGAUUAUAUUUUGUGUACAACAGGAAACAUUCAUUGUUAGCUCCACCAUUUGA